CCUCCCUGGUUGAACUUCAAAGCUGCUGCUCAUUUUCCGCCGCCGCCAUGAAGCUCGUCAGGUUUCUGAUGAAAUUGAACAACGAAACCGUGUCAAUCGAGCUCAAGAACGGCACAAUUGUUCAUGGCACCAUCACAGAAACACAAACCCACAGCAUCUGAUUAAACUUCAUACAGCCUGUACUGGGGAAUUUUCUGUUCAACAUGCCUGGGUUUAGUUUUACUUUGUUAGGUGUUGAUAUUAGUAUGAACACGCAUUUGAAAACAGUUAAACUAACACUGAAGGGGAAAAACCCAGUGACUCUGGAUCACCUCAGUGUGAGGGGUAACAACAUUCGUUAUUAUAUCCUUCCCGACAGCUUGAAUCUUGAGACUUUGCUGGUUGAAGAGGCACCUAGGGUCAAGCCAAAGAAGCCAACUGCUGGGAAGCCUUUGGGGCGUGGACGCGGUCGAGGGCGUGGACGCGGUCGUGGCCGUGGUCGUUAAAUUGCAAUUUUUGUGCCAUAUGGUUAUAUUGUAGGAAGAAUUUCUAAGUGGUCUUGUGGAGACAUCAAAAGAGUGUUCUUGCUGAUUAGUUGUGUUGGCUUUGGCCAAUUGUCAUAUUUUGAAAAAGUACUUUCAAGUUCUUAUGUAUAAUUCUUUCCCUUUCAGCUGAUUGAUAUUUUGUUGACUUCUAAAAGACACCUAACACCAUUUAAGUCUUCUGGAUUUUAUA